AGAAUGAAAAAAAUCCAUUUCAGGAGCACUUCAUAUUAGCUGAAACUUUAGGAGGUGUGAAUUUAUAAGAAAUGUCAUGCUGAGGGGAGAAAAAGAAGAUGAAAGCAGCCCCCCAGACUGCAGCAAGAUGAGUGAAUGAGGAGGAGUAUAACCACAGCAGGGCAGAUCAACCCACCACCAUCAUGGACGACAUCCUGUCUCACCAUGCGCCUGUCGCUUUCUCUCUGUCUCUGAAACUGGAGAAACAGUUCUUCACUUUGCCUGAAGCAGAACCCACCUCAGCAGUCAGAGAACACUCUCUGCUACCCAACCCACCCCCCAGUGCCAUUCCUCUAAAGGUCCUUUUAGAGAUUGGUGAUCGAUUGGAAAAUGGGGAGUAAGACUCUGCCGGCCCCCAUCCCACUACAUCCGUCCCUCCACCUUUCCAACUACGCUUUCUUACAGGCAGAAAAUAGGCCGACUUUACCUCACGCUGCCGACCACAUUCAAGGACUCUACGGCCUCAGGACGGUGCAGACAAUGCAAAUGAACCACUGGACUUUGGGCUACACUCACAUGCAGGGACUCCGAUCAACCAUCACUGAAAUGUCAGCUGCGCAAGGCCUCACGGAUCUUCGAUUCACGUUCCCCGCGUUACCGUUCACUGCACACUUCUUCAAUCCCAAACAAGGAACAAUAACUCAUGGAAUUCCAGCCCUACACAAAGAUAGACCCCGGUUUGACUUUGCUAACCUUGCCAUUGCGGCUACACAAGAGGAAGAGUGUAAGACCGAUGACCUGUUAAAACUCACAGCAGGUCUCGGCGGCCAGAGCUCAGAAUUAAACAAACUGUCACCAAACAGAAAGCCCCCACGCGGGAGGCUUCCAUCAAAAACCAAAAAGGAAUUCAUUUGUAGAUUUUGUGGAAGAAACUUUACAAAGUCCUACAACUUACUUAUACAUGAGCGCACGCACACAGACGAGAGGCCUUACACCUGCGACAUCUGCCAUAAAGCUUUUAGAAGACAGGACCACCUCCGUGAUCACCGAUACAUCCAUUCCAAGGAGAAACCGUUCAAAUGUCAAGAAUGUGGAAAGGGAUUUUGUCAGUCACGGACUUUGGCAGUUCAUAAAACAUUGCAUAUGCAGGAGUCUCCUCACAAAUGCCCCACAUGCGGAAGAACCUUUAAUCAAAGAAGUAAUCUGAAAACUCACCUUCUCACCCAUACAGACAUCAAGCCCUACUCCUGUGAGCGCUGCGGAAAGGUGUUUCGGCGCAACUGUGACCUGCGACGGCAUAGUUUGACACACACGCUCCACCGGGACUAGGCCGCACAGAUAGCCCUACUAUUUGUGGACAAAUUUAUUGGACAAAACAUGAGACUCAAAGAAAGGAUAGCUGGAAACUUCGUGAUGCUGAAUUUUUUACUACAUCUUCAAAAGCGGUUACUGAAGAUGAAUGAAUGAAUAUAUUAUAUAAACCGUGUUAAAAAUGUGGAUGUUUGUUGAAAUGAAUGGUAGAAAUAAAGCUGGAGGUCAAGACGGUGAUCUAGGUAUAUCAUGGCACUUCUCAAGGGAUUAUUAAAAUAAUUAGACUAAUUAUUUCACUUCUCUAUAUAUUCUUUAUAUUGUUGUGAAAGCCUGUAACAAGAUAAUGAAUGAUUGUGCACUGUAAGCCCAGAUAAAAUCAUUGUGCUUAAAAAACGUAACCCGUUAGCAUAAAAAAAGUUCAGCACUGAUGAACAAACAAAAAUGUAUACGUUGUGUUAUAGGGUACUUGAGAUUCGAAACUGCACUACAUUGAGUUUUCUGUAAAACAACCUAACACUGUAUGUUGGAAAAAUUUAAAUGUACGAUAACUUUAGGUUAAUGUCAUUUAAAACUGAUUCAAAUCAUUUGAAUUAUCCAAACUCGAUUGUUUUGUUUCAAGCUGGCGGUACUGGUGGUAGAAAUGAGCGAGUCUCGAAGCGCAAGCUGUCUGCAUCAUCACGUAGGUAGGUACUGAAAUAAGUUCGCGGUAAAUAGUCCACCCUACCCUAAAAUGAAAGCUAAUAAAACUAAUCAUUUUAGCGAUUUAUUUGUUGAUAUAUUUCCAUUUGGGAAAGCGCGUAUAUGUGUGAGUUAGACGCAACUGGUGUAGUCUAAGAGGUAGCCACGUAUACAGUAAUUAGACUGCUGACAUUGUUUACUGCUGACAAUAACGAAUCAUCCAUUUGGAAACGGCAUCUCUAGGCCGA